GUCAGUCAGUCAAUCAGUCAGUCUGUGGGUAAGUCUAAGUGGUGAGGAGUGGAACUGCCACUGGUUGUGCACAUAUCACCAUGGAUGAUUACCCAAUGUAUUCCUUGCUCGUGGGGUUCUCGCUGUGGAGGACCCUUUGGCGCCUCCUAUUUCCCUUAGGCGUCUGGCACACGUUGUCGUGUAGAGUCUUGACAACGGGUGGUGCAGGGACCACUCCUUAUAGAAAGGAGCAGGACGCGGAGGCCGCAAAAGUACUAGCAGGGCAGAAAGCAAGGAAGGAGGAGUUGGAGAAGAAAGCGAAGAAGGUGGCUCUCUUGGCAGAGAAGGCCAAGAAAGAGAAAGAGUUGGAGGAGGAAUUGAAACGGCUGCAGAAAGAAAAAGAAGAAGUUGCAGCAGUUGUUGAUGAAGAAGAAGAAGAAGAGGAAGAAGAAGUGCAGGUUCCCCUACAGAAGAAUGUGAGAACGGAGGAGAGAGGGGAAUCCAAUGGCAAGACGGAGAGAGAUAAGAGGAUAGAGAAGAAAGUGAAUGAGUGGGUGGCUAACGUAGUACUGGGGGAAGAGGAAGAGCCGAUGUUGAUAGUUCCCCGGGCAAAAGGGGAAGCGGUUAUAAGGGAAUUGGAGAAAGAAGAGGACCCCUUGUGUAGACAGGUCAAAGAGGAGGAGCAGAAAUGUGUCUUACAAGGGAAAGGAGGAGGUGUCUGGAAGCGGCUGAAGCAAUGGAAAGAGAGUUGGACGCAGCAAAAGAACAACGAGAGCAAUUGGGGGCAGAGGUGGAUCUCCAACAGAAAAUGGAGGUCAUCUCUCAAAAGUGUAGGAGUGGUGUUGAGGGCCCAGAAGGAGUUCGCAAUCCAUGCUACGCUACUUGAGAGGUCAUGAUAUAGUGUUGCAAUCCAUGUGCAUAGGUUUUAAGGAGUUUGCAAGAGAUAUGAUGAUGCAUGUGGGCACAUUUGCGCGAUGUCA